AUGGCGCCGGCCUACGCGGCCACCGCGUCCCGCGGGUUUGUCGCUCCACGUCGCGCGCUUCGCGCUGACCGGGUCGCCGCACCCGCGGCGCGCCCCAGCUGCGUCCCGAGGAAGCCAAUUAUUAUCGCGGCGAUGCGUCGCGACGAUCGAUUCGGAGGCUGCUGCGUCCGCGCGACGCGUCGCCCCGCGCUCGUCACGACGCGCGCGCUCUCCGACGGCGAUGCCGAUAAGUGGGAGCUGGCGCAGGCUAUCAUGCGCAUGCGUCGAACCCAGGACGAGGCGCUCGACCUCAUCCUCAGCGAGGUGAGCACCCUGAGCAAGGAGGUCCGCUCGCUGCGGAGGGAGCUCGACGAGCUCAGGGCGAACGGUUCGGUCGCGCCGUCGACGGAAAAGACCCUCGCGGAGGUGGCGAAGAAUACCCAGGACAGGGACGUGCUGAACGAGAUGCUCAACGCGCUCAUCCCCGAGUCCGACGGCUCGGGCGACGAGGGCGACGCCCCGAGGCGAUCCGCCGACGUCGCCGUCGAGGAGAGGAGCCGGCCAGCCGAGGACGUCCCGUUCCCGGAGAACGCGGACAUCGCGGACGUGCCCGUGGUGCUGGACGUGGCCGGGUGGAAGGGUGACGGCACGGACCGGUCGCACCUGUGGCCCAUGUGCAAGAUGGGCGAGGACGACCUCUACCUCAUGUCCACGAUCCAGAGCUCCCUUAACGAAGCCGGCUUCUGGGCCGGGGAGGAGGACGAGGCCGACAUGUACUUCGGACCGUCGACGCAGGAGGCCAUGUGCUACUUCCAGGCAUCCGUGGGCUUGCCCGAGGUUGGAUACGUGGACCCGGACACCUGGCGCGCGCUGCUCGGCGAUGACAGGUACGCGUGGGGACCCGUCCCGGGGGCGAUUGGGUUUGACGCGGAGGAGGAGGCGAACGCGACGGAGGAGGCGCUCGCGAACGCCCAGGGCCCCGCCGAUGCCGCGCCCAGCGCCGAGGCCAAGGCGGCAACGGAGUGGAGCAAGAACGUGGUGUCGCUGGUGGAUAAUCCGGACAAUGAUCCCGGGGACGACGCGCCGGUGUGGGGCGACGAGCAGAACCGGCCAAUUGAUAAGGUGAGCGAGGAGUUCACCCAAAUCGCAACAUCCGGGGAGAAGUGGCCGGUGCUCAGACUCGAGGACGGCGGCAUGGAGGUACACAAGCUCCACGUGCUGCUCGACUCGGCCGGGUACUACAGUGGCGAGGAGGACAUGGAGUGGUGGAGCUUUGGGGGCAGCACCGAGAACGCGCUGGGCACCUUCCAGGCGUCAAACGGUUUGCCGGACACGGGCCUGACCUGCCUGCUGACCUGGAAGGCUCUUCUCGGGGAGGAGAGGGUGGCCAUGGGACCGGCGAAGGCCUUCGAGACCGUCGGCGAGCUCGCGAGCGGCGAGUAUACCAUGGAUCUGUCGAGGCAAGAUAGGGUGUUCCUGCUGGGCGAGGGCAGAUUUGAGGGCACCAAGAAGUAG